UUCGAUCGCAGUUCGCAGAUUGUUCGGCUUCGCAAUUUCGCAUCCAGCUCUAAAAACUCACUCCAUCACCGUCAUCAGCCCUUCUUAUCGAUCCAACCUUCUUCUUCUCGUUCUCGAAAGAGAAGAACGACUGAACGAACCACAGCCAAAGAGCAACUGAAAUUAAGGUUUUGGAAUUUCUCGGAUCUUUGCAAAAAUGUCUUCGACUUUCAGCGGUGACGAAACUGCUCCCUUCUUCGGUUUCCUCGGAGCCGCAGCAGCCCUCGUUUUCUCCUGCAUGGGUGCUGCGUAUGGGACGGCGAAGAGUGGCGUCGGUGUUGCCUCAAUGGGUGUGAUGCGGCCUGAGCUUGUCAUGAAAUCGAUCGUUCCAGUUGUUAUGGCAGGAGUGUUGGGUAUUUACGGUUUGAUUAUUGCUGUUAUCAUCAGUACGGGGAUUAACCCUAAGGCGAAAUCGUACUAUCUGUUUGAUGGGUAUGCUCACUUGUCAUCUGGUCUUGCUUGUGGGCUCGCUGGGCUCUCUGCCGGAAUGGCUAUCGGGAUCGUCGGUGAUGCCGGUGUUAGGGCCAAUGCUCAGCAGCCCAAGCUGUUCGUGGGUAUGAUUCUAAUUCUGAUCUUUGCUGAAGCUCUUGCUCUGUAUGGGCUCAUUGUGGGUAUCAUUCUCUCAUCUCGAGCUGGCCAAUCUCGGGCGGAUUAGUGAAAGAGACUAAGUCGUGGCUACUUUGAAGCCUCUCCUUUCUUAUUAUAAUGGCAUGUUUAGAUUCAAGAACUGCAACUGAACCAAAGCUUUGCUCAAUAUUCUAUUCCAUUUAUGAUUUUAAUCAAAUUAAGAGAACUUGCUGUAUAUGUGGAGUCUUAUUGAAGAUCUCCAAAAUUUUCCCCAAAUUUUUGAUCAUCUUUUUGAUUGGUUAUUUUAAUGGCCUCUGCGAAGGUGCAAAGGUAGAAUGAAUAGAAAUGGCCAAAUGGGUAGGUCUGAUUCUUA